GCGAAUUCUCUCUGCUUCUUCUUCUUCUUCUUCCAUCUUACGCCAAACCUCGAGUCUGCGAAUCAUUCGAUUCUCAGAUUCGCAUCUUUUCCACGAAUUGCCGGAUCAAAACAUUGUUUCCGUGUACAAGAAGCAACCUAACGAUUUGGGGCAGAGAUCUCUAGGUUAUUGAGAUUUGUUUCCACAAAUGGAGAACGAGAGGGUUGAGAGAGAACAGAACCAAUUUCAAGAAGACGAGUUUAUCGAUUCGAGAAAACCACCGCCAUGGAGAAAACAGAUCACGGUUCGAGCCAUCGUCGCGAGUUUAUUGAUAGGGAUUGUCUACAGUGUGAUCUGUCUGAAGCUGAAUCUAACGACAGGACUCGUACCGAAUCUAAACAUCUCAUCAGCUCUCUUGGCUUUUGUCUUUCUCAAAUCUUGGACCAAAGUUCUUCAAAAAGCCGGAAUCACCACGACGCCUUUCACACGUCAAGAGAACACUAUUGCUCAAACUUGUGCUGUUGCUUGCUACAGCAUCUCUCUUGCAGGUGGAUUUGCAUCGUAUUUGUUGGGUUUAAAUAGAAGAACUUACGAGAUUACGGGAGUGAACACUGAAGGAAACAAUCCUCGUGGUAUAAAAGAGCCUGGUGUUGGAUGGAUGACAUCAUUCCUCUUUGUUACUAGCUUCAUUGGACUAGUUGUUUUGGUACCUCUUCGAAAGGUGAUGAUUAUAGACUACAAGCUAACGUAUCCGAGUGGAACAGCAACAGCUGUUCUUAUAAAUGGAUUUCAUACUAGCAAAGGAAAUAAGACAGCCAAGAAACAGAUCCGCGGGUUUAUAAAAUCGUUUGGUUUGAGUUUCUUUUGGGCAUUCUUUGGAUGGUUUUAUUCAGGUGGUGAAAAAUGCGGAUUCUCUCAGUUCCCUACAUUUGGGUUACAAGCUUUGGAAAAAUCAUUCUACUUUGACUUCAGUAUGACAUAUGUUGGAGCUGGGAUGAUUUGUUCGCAUUUGGUGAAUCUAUCGUUGCUUUUCGGUGCCGUCCUCUCGUGGGGAAUCAUGUGGCCUCUCAUAGCCCGGCUUAAAGGCGAAUGGUUCCCUGCAACAUUACGAGAUAAUAGCAUGCAGGGCUUAAAUGGCUACAAGGUAUUUAUAUGCAUUGCAUUGAUCUUAGGAGAUGGACUUUAUAACUUCCUCAAGAUACUCUUCUUCACUGGAAGAAGCUUCCACUCAAGACUCUCCAAAACCAACAGCAUCAGCACAUUGGUAGAAGCUCCAGAAGAUAGCACAAAAGAAUCCGAUAACCUGAAACGAGAGAAUGAAGUUUUUGUUCGAGAGAGUAUCCCGCUAUGGAUGGCUUGUGUAGGAUACUUAUUCUUCUCCCUUGUCUCCAUCAUUGCCAUCCCUCUGAUGUUCCCUCAACUAAAAUGGUACUUCGUCCUCGUAGCUUACCUCCUUGCCCCGUCUCUCAGCUUCUGUAACGCUUAUGGAGCCGGCUUAACGGAUAUGAACAUGGCUUACAACUACGGUAAAGCAGCGCUCUUUGUGAUGGCGGCACUGGCAGGAAAAAACGAUGGAGUGGUGGCUGGCAUGGUUGCUUGUGGUCUCAUCAAAUCAAUUGUAUCUGUCUCGGCUGACCUGAUGCAUGAUUUCAAGACGGGACAUCUAACGCAAACCUCGCCCCGCUCAAUGCUUGUUGCACAAGCCAUCGGGACAGCUAUAGGCUGCGUGGUCGCACCACUCACCUUCUUCCUCUUCUACAAGGCGUUUGAUGUUGGAAACCAAAAUGGUGAAUACAAGGCUCCUUAUGCUAUGAUUUACAGAAACAUGGCCAUUAUCGGUGUUCAAGGUCUCUCGGCUCUUCCCCAGCAUUGCCUGGAGCUUUGCUACGGAUUCUUUGCCUUUGCGGUUGUUGCCAACCUGGCAAGAGACCUCUUACCAGAGAGGCCGGGGAAGUGGAUCCCACUCCCGAUGGCAAUGGCUGUACCGUUCCUGGUGGGUGGGUCGUUCGCAAUCGAUAUGUGUAUUGGGAGCUUAGUGGUAUACGUUUGGAAGAAGGUGAACCGUAAGAAGGCAGAUGUGAUGGUUCCGGCUGUUGCAUCAGGUUUGAUAUGUGGAGAUGGUCUCUGGAUUCUGCCUUCUUCUUUGCUGGCUCUGGCUAAGGUUAGACCUCCUAUCUGUAUGAACUUCACUGCGGCUCAUUAAGGCGGAGAGAUUUUUCAGACAAAACCCGAACUCAUUGCCGGAGAAAUGAAUGUAUACUAGAUGU